AUGGCUAGACAAAUGGAGCUUACAAGCCCACAAGUUUCUGUUUACUUGUUGGGUAUCUGUGAUCAUUACAUCAUGAAUAAAUUUGUAUCGAUCCAUCUUCAAACUUUUGAAUUUUAUCUCAUGCAAGAAUGGGCUAACCUUUAUCGAUUUUCAAAUAAGAUUAUUGAAACUGAUGUUGGAUCGGAUGAUGAAUCCAAUACAGAAGACAAGAGGAUUACAAUUUAUUAUGGUAAAUAUUUAUGUAAUAUUUGCCUUUAUGACUAUGCAUUUGUCAUUAAGAAAGUUCUGAUAAAUGCCCAUGAGCUUUCUAUGUUAUUAGGCCAGAAAAACAGGUCACAAGUAGAUCGUUUUUUGUUCCGUGAAGAUAAUGAAGACAAUAUUUAUGUUCCUGAUGAAAUCCACCCUCAAUGUAAAUCACAUAUUCAACUAUACAGACAAAAAGGUUCUAAGAGAGUAGUCAUACUGUAUAAAACUGUUCAAGACCUUCGUGAAGAUUAUAACACUUGGACCAAAGCAUGUUCCAAAGAAACAGAGCUCAAUCAAAAACUACAAAAAAACAUAUUAAAAGAACCAAUUCUUGCAAAGGCCUGCCAUAUAGAUUGUUGUGUUUCUGGAUAUGACACUGUUGAUGAACUAGAUAUUUCUGAUGAUGAUAAUAAUUUAGCUAUGAAUGAUUCUCCUAAUAACACUAUCCUUUGA